AUGGACCCGCGAGGGAAGUGCCGCCAGCUGAGCAAACAUCACAAAGCCUCACCGGGCACGAGAGCCCCUGGCUCCGGCCCGGCCCGGCUCGGCUCUCCGGCGGGCCAUGGCCUGCGGGGCACGCGAGCGCCCACAGAGCCCGGCGGGAGCGGCGAUGAGCGGACCCCCCCCCCCCGGGCGCGCCAGGGGCCGGUCCCGGGACUCGGCACACGCCGCUCCGGGCGGGGCACCGGGCUGAGGGCGCGGCAGGACUCGGGUCCCCCGGCGGCUCCCAAGGCCCCAGCCCGCACCGGGCGGGGGCAGCGAGCCCCGCAGUCACCGCCGGCCCGGCCCGGCCCGGCCCGUCUGUCUGUCUGUCGCGGGGAGUUCCGCAGGCGGCGGCGGCCGCACAGCGCCCCGGCCCGGCGCGUCUCUCACCGGCGGCUCCCGCAGCCCCGCUCAGCUUCCGCCGCCGACCCGGUGAAACCAGACCAGCGUCAGGACUGCGCAUGCGCAGUCCGAGCCCUGCACAGGCGCCUUAACCCUGACCGACCCCUGCGCAUGUGCAGAUCCUUGUACGGAGAUGAAAGUGCGCAGCCGCGGGGCCCGCCCGAACCUCGGGAUCACUGGGCCUGGGAGCGCCCCCAGCCGAGACACAACUCCCGGCAUGCCCCGCUCGCCUCCAACUCCCGGCAUGCCCCGCUCCCAGAUACACCAACUCCCGGCAUGACCCGCUCCCUUCCAGACACACCAACUCCCAGCAUGCCCCGCUCGCCUCCAGAUACACCAACUCCCGGCAUGUCCCGCUCCCCUCCAGAUACACCAACUCCCAGCAUGCCCCGCUCGCCUCCAACUCCCGGCAUGCCCCACUCCCUUGCAGAUGCACCAACUCCUGGCAUGCCCUGCUCCCAGCAUGCCCCGCUCCCUUCCAGAUACACCAACUCCCGGCAUGCCCCGCUCCCUUCCAGAUACACCAACUCCCAGCAUGCCCCGCUCACCUCCAACUCCCGGCAUGUCUCACUCCCUUCCAGAUACACCAACUCCCAUCAUGCCCCACUCGCCUCCAACUCCCAGCAUGCCCCGUUCCCUUCCAGAUACACCAACUCCCAGCAUGCCCCGCUCGCCUCCAACUCCUGGCAUGCCCCACUCCCUUCCAGAUACACCAACUCCCAGCAUGCCCCGCUCCCUUCCAGAUACACCAACUCCCAUCAUGCCCCGCUCGCCUCCAACUCCUGGCAUGCCCCACUCCCUUCCAGAUACACCAACUCCCGGCAUGCCCCACUCCCUUCCAGAUACACCAACUCCCAGCAUGCCCCACUCCCUUCCAGAUACACCAACUUCCAGCAUGUCCCACUCGCCUCCAACUCCCGGCAUGCCCCGCUCCCUUCCAGAUACACCAACUCCCAGCAUGCCCCGCUCGCCUCCAACUCCCGGCAUGCCCCGCUCCCUUCCAGAUACACCAACUCCCAGCAUGCCCCACUCGCCUCCAAUUCCCGGCAUGCCCCGCUCCCUUCCAGAUACACCAACUCCCAGCAUGCCCCGCUCGCCUCCAACUCCCAGCAUGCCCCUCUCCCAGAUACACCAACUCCCGGCAUGCCCCGCUCGCCUCCAACUCCCGGCAUGCCCCGCUCCCAGAUACACCAACUCCCAGCAUGCCCCGCCCCCAGAUACACCAACUCCCGGCAUGCCCCGCUCCCAGAUACACCAACUCCCAGCAUGCCCCGCUCGCCUCCAACUCCCGGCAUCUCCCGCUACCUUCCAGAUACACCAACUCCCAGCAUGCCCCACUCGCCUCCAACUCCCGACAUGCCCCAAGCCGACGUGCAGAAAGGAGGCGUGCGGGGAAAUCCUGGCAGACCCUUUAUUAGCGUGUACAAAACGAAGGCAGCCAUGUACAGUAUUGCAAAGGCAGAGCAGGUGGGUGCCCAGUCCCAGGGCUGA